AUCAAAUUAAUUUAAAUUAAUUUCCUCCUUCAACCGAAUAAUCCCGAAGAAGAAACAACAGUGCUCUCUAUAAACUCUUCCAUGUCACAUGAAUUCCAAUCAAUUCAAAGAAAAUGGACCCAAAAACGGACAAGCUGGUGAGGAGGACAACCAUGAUAGCCACAGCUACAGCAUCUUAUCUUCUGCUAACGGCUGAUUACGGUCCCCAGCCCAACUUUCUCGACCCCAUAAAAAACGCGGUGGAAUCGGCCAAACAGUCAAUGAAAGAGUUCAUUUUUGGAGUGAAGGAGGAAACUCCACAAAGUGAGAUCGAAAAGCCUCCUUCAGCUGCUUCAGAGAAACACUCCUAGUCUUUUUUUUCUUCUCUUUUUUGAUAUGUCACUCAUACUUUGUUAAAUACCACAUUCCUGAUAAUAGUUUUAUAUCACAGUCUGUACUAAAUACAGUGUACUAGUAUUUGUUUCUUAGCUGAAAUUUUGAUUUCUGAUAGUGAAAAUAUGUUAUCGCUUUUCGAGCUUGGUUUGAUCA